AUGAGCUUGCUGCAGUCCAAGCAGCAAUGGCAUUGUGAUCAGCAACCAGUCUGUUGUUCCAUCCCAUGGCAACGUCCCCUUGACAUUGCCAAGUUCAUCGUUGCUGGUCAUAAGUUCAGCCAUGACUUAUCCAUUGACAGGCUUGUCUCAACCCUGGCUUCUGCAAUGUUGUUCUGGGCAACUGUCACCGAGGGACUUCACCGCAGCAAGAACAUCCAUCACGACAUGAAUUACCAGUGCCCUACUGCAAAGACCGGCCUGUUUGGUGUCGCUGCUUUCCUUGCCCUUGAUGCCUCCCUCUUCUGGCUUGUUUGCCAGAUGCUGGUCCUCAAUGCAAGGGCUGACUACCUGGACGAGGAUGACAACAAGGGCGAAUAUGGCCAGGUUUACGCUGCUGAAAUCGAUGGCUCGAAGGUCUGA